ACCACCGCUGACUUCUUUCCCCUCCAGCACAUUCAUUGCCGAGACUCGUGGCCAAGUUUUAGCGUCGUUCUACACUCGUGGCGUGCCUACAACUUUGCCGGAUCUAUUACGCGUAUUUUUUUAACCACGCCAACUUCUUUUUUUAAGUUUAUAUAUUUUUUUAUAUUUAAUAAUCAUCUGCGAUUAUUACUGACGUUAGUAAACAAUAAAUCGUGUGUUCAAAACCUCGUGUUAUUAAAAAUUAUUAAAUCUUGGUUAGGAUUUAUCGCACUCGGACUCGACAACGCGAUUUGAAUAUUUAAAAAAAAAAUAUUAAUAUUAAUAAUAAUAGUUUUUAAACAAUUGACAGCAUUCUAUGCUCUAUCGUCUUUAUUACGUCGGUUGAUAACACCAUUAUACACUAGUGUAGUUUAUUUAGUACAGUGGCUGUCUCAACUCGUCUUUAUUUCAUCAAUUCAGUCGACAGUCGAGCUGUUGCGACGUUGGAAAUCGCACGUACCAGACACCUUCCAUUUUAAAAGAAACUAUAGUACUGUGGGUAUUUUAAAAACAACCGCGAAUUUAAAUCUAUUGUAUUUAUUUUUAAAUUUAUUGUGGUGAGUGUUUUGUUGUGUUAAGUGGACACUUGGAUUUUUCUGCGCUGCCAUUGGUAGGUCAAACUCUUGAAGAGUUUAUUUAAUAAAUACGCGCGACGUGUGACAAACUGCGAAGAACACUCGACAGAAUGAUGAUGGCCAACUUACCUCCCGUUAUGCUGCCGGCUUUACAUCAUGAUUAUGGGAUUCUGGCGUCUACAAUGGGUAUUAAGAGAGGAAGUGAUGAACUCUUGUCUCAAAGUGGUGCUGUCAAUAAUGGUGCAUCGAUGAGUCCUCAACCCCAUCACGCGACUGACAACAAUAAUGAUGCAAAAAAGGCUAAGCUGGACAAGAGUCACAACGGCAAGCCUUCAAGGGUAAUUCACAUACGGAAUAUCGCAAGUGAAGUUUCUGAGUCUGAAAUUAUUAAUUUGGGAAUGCCGUUCGGCAGAGUCACCAACGUUCUUGUUCUCAAGGGAAAGAAUCAGGCGUUUUUGGAAAUGGCUGAUGAAAAUGCUGCGACGACGAUGGUCGGUUAUUAUGCAUCAAGUGGCGCGGCACUGAGAGGACGUGCUGUCUACGUUCAAUACAGUAAUCACCGUGAGCUCAAGACUGACCAGGCCCACAGCAACGCGGUCAGUAGUCUCGCUACAAACACCAUCGUCAAUAAAUUAAACAACUCAAACACGCAAGUGGCACUGCAGGUGGCUCAGGGACAGAAUAUUCAGAGUCCUGGUGAAACGCAAGGAGGACCUAAUACUGUACUCCGGGUCAUCAUUGAGCACAUGAUCUACCCUAUUUCCCUGGACAUUCUUUAUCAGAUAUUCACGCGCUUUGGCAAAGUAUUAAAAAUUGUUACCUUCACUAAAAACAGUACGUUCCAAGCACUGAUACAGUAUUCGGAUACAAUAGCUGCGCAGAAUGCUAAAGCAACUCUAGAUGGACAAAACAUUUACAACUCGUGCUGUACACUACGCAUUGAUUUUAGUAAAAUGCAAAGUUUGAAUGUUAAAUACAAUAAUGACAAAUCACGUGACUACACAAAUCCGACGUUGCCGACAGGUGAUCCAAAUUUAGAUGCCGCAUCUUUGGCACUUGGUGGUGAAUUACUUCCUCAGCUUCUUCUUGGUGCUGCUGGCACUCAGCCACGCGCACGUUUACCUGAGUCAAUUACAGGAGCUCCGAGCGUCCUUGCGUCGCCUUUUGCCGCAAUGCACGGGCUACCGUCGCCACUUGGAGGACCUUACGGUAAUGGUGUGGCACCAGGUGCCGGACUUGCCGGUCUUGGUGGUUUUAGUCUUGGAGCGGGUGCACUUGGUGUACGUGUACCGGGAAAUCCUCAGAUAUCCUCAGUCUUGCUUGUCACCAAUCUUAAUGAAGAGAUGGUCACGCCUGACGCUCUCUUUACCCUGUUUGGCGUUUAUGGGGAUGUACAACGUGUGAAGAUUCUUUACAAUAAAAAAGACUCAGCCCUUAUCCAGAUGGCCGAGCCUCAUCAAGGUCAUUUAGCAAUGACUCACAUGGACAAACUAAAAGUCUUUGGAAAACAAAUCAGAGUGGUGGUCAGCAAACACCAAACUGUCCAAUUACCAAAAGAGGGACAACCAGAUGCGGGUUUAACUAAGGACUACACCAACAGCCCUUUACACCGAUUCAAAAAACCUGGCUCGAAAAAUUACCAAAAUAUCUACCCACCAAGUGCAACUUUGCAUUUAUCUAACAUUCCGGCAACUGUAACAGAAGACGAGAUAAAGGAUGCCUUUACGUCGAACGGCUUUACAGUUAAAGCAUUUAAAUUUUUCCCUAAGGACAGAAAAAUGGCCCUUAUUCAGAUGCCCAGCAUGGAUGACGCAGUAGCAGCUCUUAUUAAAAUGCACAACUAUCAAUUGAGUGAAUCCAACCACCUGCGAGUUUCAUUUUCAAAGAGCAACAUCUAACAAGAGCGAUCGUACAUCGAGUCGCAGUGGUUCCAGCCAUACGCUCUUGUUCACUAUUGGACUCACUCUACCCUCUAUGACUGAUAGAUCCACUGACUCUGCAAUCGCUCCGAUAAUGGACUACCAUUGACACACACACUACACAGAUACUGCGAUACUUUAGCCAUCUCUCAGCGAAUAGAACCCAACAAAACUCGCUCUCAUUCGUCAACGUCCUUCAGCCGUAACACUUGACAAUCCAAGUCAGGAGGAAUGAGUACCAGGAUGAGGAUGAGGAUCCAAAAAAUUACUAAAACUAAAACCAAGCUUGCUAUUCAUCCUCAUUCCGCUCGCGGUCACGUCGGUCAACUUGUCACAUUCCUAGACACAAAUAUCACCGCCAGUUAACGAACACAAAUAUUAAUUAAUUAAUCUAAUUAUUAUUAUUAUUAUUAUUUUAAAUAAUUUUUAAAAAGUCUCGCCUUUAUCAGUGGUCACUUAAGAGCCAAUUAAUCGAUAAAUUCUGGUCGGAUCUUAAUAUAUAAGAGUUUAUUCUCCGAACUCGAAAUUACUGCUCCUGCAAUUGUCUCAUUGAACAAAAAUAAUAAUAAUAAUAAUUUUAUUUGCUAGAGAAGUUAAUUAACGAGCUGAGUUUUCGAUUUAAAUGUGUCAGUUACGGCGACCUAGAGACUAUUGUCUAGAUUAACACAAUUAUCUAUAGUCUAUACUCAAUAGUUAUAAAAUAAUGAAAGGAUCUGAAGACUUUGAAUAUUUAAAAAAAGUUAAGAAGGGCUUGCCGAAUAAAUAGCAGUUAAAUAAUUACACUCUUGUACAGAAUCCACGUAUCGUAAGAUAUUUUACAAAUAAGCCGGCCGCAUUAGCGUCCAAUUGCUGGUGAUUCAUAUAUUAUUAAUAUUAUAAUAUUAAUUAUAACUAUAAUUAUUAUCAUUAUUAGAGUAUAAGAAUUUAUAAGAACGCAAGACGAGAUCUUUUUGCAUAAAUUAACUUUAAAUUCAUUCUCAACGGCUUAUCGGUGCUACUAUCGUCCAAAACAUAAAUUAUUAAUUAUUCCUGUUAUGUCUCGAGCGAUAGCCUCACACCCGCCGAGAAUGUUUGGAUUUAAAAAGUUUAUUAGCAAGAGAUAAAUUGUGACAUUAAUUUAGAGCACGAAAGAAUGAAAAUAAAAACGAAUAAUAGGUGUCCAGUAUUCAACUAGUCGGUCGUAGCCAUUACCGUUGACAGCGAUAACAAAAAACAAAAAUGAAUAUGAAAAAUAUCUAAUAUUAAAUAUUAAUAAUAAAUGCGAGCUAAACGCAAGACAAUCGUGCUGUGAUUUUUGCAUGAACCAGCACAUCAGAUGUACAAAAAACUUUAUUAAUUAUUAAUUAAUUAAUCAAUUUUUUUAAAGUCAGAUCUUUAUUUUUUAAUCCUGCUUGUGGAAAUUUUAUUUUUUCUUACAGCUGUCAACGCGCGCGAUUCAGACUGCAUUUUUUAAAGAAACAAAUACAUACAUAUAUAUAUCGCCUCACUAAUUCCAAAAGGGCAUUUUUUUUUUAUUGAUAAUUAGACUGUAGAAUUUUUCUGAAGUUCAAAAUUGGAAAAAAAAUUUUUAGCUUUGAGGUAAAAGACCUAGUACCCAAUUAGGGCAUUAAUACUCGAUCACUUCAUGAAUUUGUAUAUAUAUACUUAGUAAAUAUAGAUAUACAAAUACAUGAGUGAUCGAUUACUAGUUCCCUUAUCGAGUACUGAGUCUCUUCCCUUAAAAUAAGUCUCCAAAAUUGGCAAUAAAAAAAAAAAUUAAAUGCCCUUUUGGUUUCAGAGAUUUUCCUAAAGCCAGAACAUAUAAAAAUAUGUCCUUUUGAAAUUAGUAUCGCGAUAUAUAUCCAUAUAUAUAACUAGUUUUUUAACUAUAAUUUUCAAUUGCAUUGAACAAGUAUUAUACGCACACGAUCGCUGAUAUAUCCACAAAUUAUACAUUAACAUGUUAUAUUAAUUUUAAUCUAAGUUAGUUAUUAUUUUUUUUCCUUGUUUAUUUCAUACUUCUUAUUUACAAACACGCAUUUUUUGUCUAAUUGAUAGCAUGUAAUUAUUAUUUAAAAGGAUAAGGAUCGUUUAACAUAUCGCUGUUUCAUAUAUUUGAGUAUAUUAUGAAUUAUGACUAAGAUAAUUAAUUUAAAAAAUAACAAACAAGAACAAAAAAAAGAAAUAAUAUGUAAUGUAUUUUACAGAUAAGACGGGUUUAAACUGACAAAGAUUGAGGGAUUUUAAUUUAAUUAAGCUCAUGCUAAGUAUAUUAUCAUUGCCUGUGAGAUUGAUAAUAUUAAUUCUCAUGAUAUGGAUUUAUGUAAUGUGAAAAUUGUCUUCCAUCGGCAACUCGAUCGUUCACCUCAACAUUUAUAAUAAUAAUAAUAAUAAUAAUAAUAAUAAUUAUAAUAAUAAAUAAUAAACUAAGUUAUUAAGGCCUUCAGUCUUUGUUUGUUUCAUGCCCGUUAAAGUAAUCAGUUUAUUGAUUAUUGAUUAGUUGUAAGAAAAAAAGAAAAAAACCAUAAAAAAAAAUAUUGAUGGUAAUUAAAAGUAAUUUAAAUCAAUGUUAUAUAUUGAUGUAAGAUAUAAAUGCAUUAGAUAUAUAUGAUAGGUAAAAUUAGUUUGCAGACUGUAGUGUUAUUAAAGACAGGCCCAAAAGUAUAUAAAAUAAAUCAUGAUAUAUAUAUAAAUAAUAAAUAACAAAUAUAUUUAAAGUAAGAAAUGAAUGCCAGCGAAAUAGCAAUUAGCUGGUGUUUUAUUUUAUUAUCAGCUGGCCUGGCGGUAUAUAAAUUAUUAAUUUUAUUUUUUAUUUACUAUUUUUGCCCCUCGAAAUCAAAGUCUCGAAUAAUAGAUAAAGCUAUCGAUUUAUAGUAAAUUUAAAAAAAUAAAAAAAGAAAAAGUAAAGAGAAUAAAUUAAGAAUGAUAUUUAAAGUAAACAAACAAAGUAUUGAUGUUUAAAAUAAUAUUGAUUGAAUAAUUAUUAAAUUUUAAAGUUACGAGUUACGCGGAAUGUCGUUUUUGACAGUUAUUGUUUUACAAUUAAACGGAAGGACUCGAUUUAUGUGCCGCGUUUAAUUAGUUUUCAUUUAUCAUUGACCCAAGUAUUUUUUCACUAUUUAGUUAACUACUACUACUUUUAUUAUUAUUAUUAUUUUUAUUUUUAUUAUUAUAAUUAUAAAUAAACUUGUGUACAUUUUAUCUGAGGCAUGACGCUUUGGAGUCAAUAACAUUUCAUUACUGUAUUAAAAAAAAAAUAGUAAGCAAAUGCGUGAAGUGAAAAAAAUAUCAGGUCGUGUUAUAAAAAAAUAUUUUAUUUAAAUUCCCAAUAACUUUUUUUAAACUCAAUUAUUGUUUUAAUAUUUUUAUACUUUUUUUUUUGUAUGCAAAGUAAAAUUAAAUUUUAAUUAAAUUUUUUUAUCGCACGAUUUGUUAAUUUAAAUAAUUAAAAAUUAAAUAAGCGAGUGCCGGUCCCGGGCAAUUUGUAUUUUGUGCCAAACUAGGCUUAAAUAUUUAAUUUAAUAAACAGAAAAAAAGAGUCAACUGUAAACAUGACGAUAGGAAAUUAAUUUUGGUUAGCAAACCAACGAACCCAGCGAACUGAAAAAAAAAUUUAAGCAAAGAAAAUAAAACAGUUGAAUAUAUAAAUAUAUAUUCGUAUAACUCAACAAUAUAUAACAUAUAUAAUAAAUAAUAAUAAUAAAUAAAUGCAUUUAAACUACAGCCGGCAUGAGCGAAAGGGGCCAGUUUGAAUCUAUGAAUCUGUAUUAAGAAUCUCCAGUAAUUGUUUUAAAUAAAUAAGAGCCAAUCAACGGCGACUAAAUUAUUAGAGUUCCGCAACAAAUAUAUUAAAUAUUUAAAUUUCCACGCAAAAAAAAAAAAAAUAAUUAUUGCACACGCACAAGUAAUUAUAGUAUUAAAAAAUUGUAGACAGCGAUUAUUAUUAUUAUAAUUUUUAAUUAUUAAUUUUUAAUUAAGAAAUUUUUUUUAUGCAUUUUUAUUGCCACUUACUGUAACUGCUUAUGUUUAUUUUAUUUAAUUUUUUUAAAACUUACUAUUUUUAAAUCAUUUGAAUAUUAAUUUUUAAUAUCCAUUUUUAUUUCAUUUUAUUAUUAUUAUUAUUAUUACAAUUAUUCAUUUUUUUGUUACACCUCUGGUGCACU